AUGGCGCGGCCGUCGGUAUUCCUCGAACCGGGCCCCAAGACGACGGCGGGCUCCCUUGCCAUCAUCCAACUGUCUCGCGACAACCUCAUUCCCCUCAUUCUCGAAGACUCCACCACCGAGAGAGACGGCUACGCAGAAGGCGCAACGCUCAACACUCGCUUCGGGUCCUUCCCCCACUCGACAUUUAUCGGCGUUCCCUGGGGUUCCCAAAUCCGAGCCUCCACUGUGGACACGGGUUCUCGUGGCCGCAAGCGCAAGCGCAAGGAGGGCGAGGAGGACGACAGCAAGGGCUCGACGCCGAACCCGGCCGACGACUUUGAUGCGCCCACGGUGCUGGCUCCCGCGAAAAAGGCCGUCACAGCCAACAGUGGCUUCGUUCACAUCCUCCAGCCCACACCCGAGCUCUGGACACAGAGCCUCCCCCACCGAACACAGGUCGUCUACACACCCGACUACAGCUAUGUCCUCUCGAGGAUACGCGCCCAGCCCGGCACGCGGCUGAUCGAGGCCGGCGCCGGCAGCGGCAGCUUCACCCACGCCUCCAAGAUGCACGAGAGAUCGCGUCACAUCACCUGA